UUGCUAAAUAAUACUUGCUUGAAAAGGGCUCAUUUAUUAUGUUCCGUAUUAAAAAAAACAUAUUAAAUUACCGGGCUUCUGUUAAUCAUUUCUGCUAACAUUUUCUUUAAUUCCAGCUGGUGAAGACGAGUACGCCUGCAAACGAAUCGAUUAUUUCGCUCAAGAUUACAGUCCAGACCUCAAAGAUUCAACGUUAGUUAUUCCAUAUGUUGUUUCAAAAGCUGCCAUYUUUUUUCUGCUGGCAGGAUCRAUCAUGAUUGCAGCYUUUAUGUGUUGCAUGCUUGGUCAAUGCGUUAGAUAUAGAGGAAUAUAUACUUUUAUAUCCGGUUUACUAUUUAUAUUYACAGGGUUGAUAAUGCUACUAGGUCUCAUAGUGUAUAUAUCUGUGUUCAAAGCAGAAGUGGGUAGUAAACUUAGGCCGCAGUCCCAAAUAAGGCCACCACUGUUCGAAUACCGAUACGGAUACUCAUUCCUACUGUACGCCUUUGGACUGUCCUCUGUAAAUUUAACGGGAACUGGCUGUAUUUUUUUAUUUAUAUAUAGAGUAAGGUACCAUUGGAGAAGGAAACAAAUCGACGAGCUGAGGAAGGGAAAUAGAACGCCUUCGAUACCAAACUUACAUAGAACUAUAGAGCCUCCAAUGCCUGUAGAGUAUCCAUGCAGGAGACAUCCUUAUUACUACGUUAACUCGAAUAGUACCGUUACGUUCCCCAGAAGUCCAGCAAGAAAUAUGUAAGUAAUGUGAACUAAUUAA